GUAACCAAAAGUCCAAAGUUACCGAACCGAUCGGCCGAUCGAUGGUCGGUGAAAUGCUUAUUCCAUAGCGUUUCAUACGGAGUACAUGCCCUAGGAGCUAGAUUCCAUGGCUUCUCGAACAAGGAAGGCAUUUCUUGGAGUUGGGACCAGGAAUUGCCGGAAUACCAGUGCUAUAACGCCAUUAGUAUCUGCAAAGCAGGAUUCAUCACCAGAUUUGAGCUCACAUUUCAUCGCAGUUUGCUUCAAGGCAAAACUGAGAACUAGGGCGAGGAUUCGCACACUUGGAGGCUUAAACCUCGUGGUUUUGCGGCAAAAUGGGAAUACUCGGAAACUAUUGGGCAACAAUGACAGAUGGUGGGAAGAUGUGGUGCUUUGCAAAUAUAUGCAUUCUUAUAGUGGCGCUUGUCUCAUUUGGUCCUCUAGCCCCAUAUGCAGCUAUUUGUGUUCUGUUUCCAUUGUUGGUGGGCACCGGUGCAACAAUGGCCAAAGAAGGCAUGGGAAUCUGGAAACACGGAACACAGAAAGAUAUAGCAUCUGAUAAGUGGUGUGUGGAGAAAAGGGGUGUAGUCAACAAUGAAUCAUCUGGAGGAGAAACGAAAGGUGUAACCGAAACUGGGUGCCUCUCCAUUGUUAUUCUUGGUGCUUCUGGUGAUCUUGCAAAGAAGAAGACUUUUCCUGCACUAUUCAACCUCUACCGCCAGGGAUUCUUGAAGUCUAACGAUGUUAACAUCUUUGGCCAUGCAAGGACCAAAUUUACAGUUAAUGAAUUCAGAGACCAUAUUCGCGGGUAUCUUUCCCUGGAGAAAAAGAAUCCAGAAUCUGUUUCAAAUUUUCUGCAAUUGAUGAAAUAUAUAUGUGGCGGUUAUGACUCCGUUGAAGCUUUUCAGUCAUUAGAUAAGGCAAUAAGUGAACAUGAAAAAUCAAAGAAUAGUAUAGAAGGAUCAUCCAAGAGGCUCUUCUACCUUGCACUCCCUCCAUCUAUUUAUCCAUCUGUUUGCAGGAUGAUAAAGCUGUAUUGCAUGAAUAGAUCUGAUCAUGGUGGAUGGACACGCAUCAUAGUUGAGAAGCCAUUUGGGAGGGAUUCGGCCACAGCUGAGAAACUCAGUGCCCAGAUGGGCGAAUUAUUUGACGAACCACAAAUUUAUCGUAUUGACCACUACUUGGGGAAGGAGUUGGUUCAGAACUUGCUCGUGCUUCGCUUUGCAAAUCGCUUCUUUUUGCCUCUUUGGAAUCGUGACAACAUUGAUAACAUACAGAUUGUAUUUAAAGAAGACUUUGGUACUGAAGGCCGUGGUGGAUAUUUUGAUGAAUAUGGGAUUAUACGCGACAUUAUUCAAAACCACCUUUUGCAGAUUUUCUGCCUUGUUGCCAUGGAGAAGCCAAUUUCGCUAAAACCUGAGCAUAUCCGAGAUGAGAAAGUGAAGGUGCUUCAAUUAGUGAAUCCUAUAAAAGACGAAGAGGUUGUUCUUGGACAAUAUGAGGGCUAUAGAGAUGAUCCAACAGUUCUUAAUAAGAAUUCAUACACUCCAACAUUUGCUACAAUGGUUCUGCGUGUUCACAAUGAAAGAUGGGAAGGUGUGCCAUUUAUACUGAAGGCAGGAAAAGCACUGAAUUCUAGAAAGGCAGAAAUACGUAUCCAAUUUAAGGAAGUUCCUGGUGAUAUAUACAAAUGUCAAAAACAAGGAAGGAAUGAAUUUGUUAUACGUCUUCAGCCUUCAGAAGCAAUGUACAUGAAACUCACGGUGAAGAAACCUGGACUGGAACUGUCAACGGUACAGAGUGAACUUGACCUGUCUUACCGGCAACGUUAUCAAGGGGUUACCAUUCCAGAGGCUUAUGAGCGCCUUAUACUUGACGCAAUAAAGGGGGAUCAGCAGCAUUUUGUUCGCAGAGAUGAGCUGAAGGUGGCAUGGGAGAUAUUCACUCCGAUACUGCAGAGGAUAGAUAAGGGAGAGCUGAAGCCGAGAGCGUACCAGUCAGGCAGCCGUGGCCCUGCAGAAGCAGAUGAUUUGCUCAAAAGGGUAGGCUAUGCCCAAACACAUGGUUAUAUUUGGAUCCCUCCCACUCUGUAAUUAAUAUCAUUUAUGUACAGACUACAUAGUAAAUAUUAGGAGUUCACCAAGCUUUGAUUGUUCUCCCCCCAUCCAGCAACUCCAACUUUGACGACUCCCUCCUCUCCUCCGGCGGAUUUCAGGUACAUUUUUUACUUUUUUUUUCUUUGCUAAUUAUUGAUGUGCUGUUUUUUUUCGUUUUUCUUGACACGAUAAAACAUUGUGAACCAAUUCCCUUCCUUCAACAAAAGCUCCUUGAUUUA